AUGAACGUUUGCAGUUCACGAUAUUGCCAAUAUAAUUUAAGUAUUGGUCAGAUGGUUCCUAUCCCUAAGAACAGGAUUUAUUGUCCAUUUUGUAAAACGACUUAUUAUUGUUCUCAGAGAUGCAGAGAUAUAGACUGGUAUCAAUAAAAAUAAAUGUUUAGGACUUCGGGACAUAAAUAAUAAUGUAUACCAGAGAAAAUGAUAAAUUCUCAAGAGAUAUCUAAUAGUGAUAAGGUUUCAACUUUAAGACAAAUGAAGAGAACAUCAGAAGAAUUUGAGUUAAUUUAUGAUUAUCCAUAACUAGGAAAGGGAAGUUUUGGAGCAGUUAAAUUAGUUAGAGACAAAACUAAUCAAUAAUUGUACGCAAUGAAGAUUGUACAUAUUUCAAUAAAAAAUACAAGAUUAACAAGAAAGAUAUAUUCGAGUAUUGCUCUAUCGAAAAUUUAAAAAGAGAGAUCAGAAUUCAACGCAAAUUGUAUCAUCCCAAUAUUACUUAACUUUAUCAUUAUUUUGAGGAUAAAGAUCGUGUUUAUUUGAUAUUAGAAUAUGCUGAACAUGGUUCUUUGUUUUAAUACUUGAGAAGGAGAGGAAGACUUAGCGAAGAUGAGGCUAUGAAAUUUUUCAAGCAAACUUGUUUAGGAAUAUAAUACUUACAUCAAUAAGACAUAAUUCAUAGAGAUUUAAAAGUAUUAUAAUUUUCAUUAUUAUAAAGCCUGAAAAUAUUUUAUUAGACAUCCAAGAUAAUGUAAAAAUAUGUGAUUUUGGUUGGUCAGCUGAAAAUCUAGGAUCAGUUAAAAGAAAUACUUUUUGUGGAACAAUAGAUUAUAUGGCUCCAGAGAUGAUAGAAGAUAAGCCUCAUGAUUAUUCUCUUGACAUUUGGUGUUUAGGAGUUUUGUUAUAUGAAUUAUUACAUGGACAGGCUCCCUUUGAUGGUAAGAAUGAUAUUGAGAAGUGUUAGAAUAUAGUCAAAGUUCAAUAUUAAAUAGAUGGUUCAUUAACAAAAGAAGCUAAAGAUUUAAUAAAGAGUCUAAUAACAUAUAAUUAGCAAGAUAGGCUUAGCUUAUCAUUAAUUUUAAAUCAUAAAUGGUUUAAACUUUACUCAUAGAACCAUUCAAAUUAAAUGAAACAUGGUCGAAAUAAAACAUAUAAUGCCUAUUCAAUCCAUUCCCAAUCCUAAUUCAUUAAUAAAUCAACUGCAUCUUCUCAAUCCUCAGUAAUUAGGAAUCAUGUAACAACUAACGAAACCUAGAAUGAUACAUCAAUUGAAAUGAAUUUUUAGAGAUUCAGUAGAAGCUCGGAUUUGCAAAGAAAACAAAUUAGGUCAUAAACUUCUUAAUCAAUUGAAAACGAAUCAUUUAUGCAUAAAAUUUUAGUAGCUUUAGGGUGUGUUAAACGAGAGUAAACAUAAAAUAGAAAUUAUUGA